CAGCUACCUCAAAAGACUUGUCUUUUACUCUUUUCAUUCAUUUCCUAUUCUCUUUCCUUCCAUAGCACACCACCUCAAAAGGAAUGUUUAACAAUGUUUUGACUCUAAAUGCUGUAAAUUUUGUUCUUAUUUCUUCUUUUGUGUGUAUAAUAAUAAGUUCCUUUUUGCUAGCCCCAAUGAUUGGAUCAAUUUCUCUCGAUUCUUGCCGACAUUGUGAAACCCAGUGAACUCUUGAAGACUGAACAACUGAAGAGUCCUCCCUCGGCUUCCUCCUUACGCAAUAGCCGCGGAGAAAUCUAGGGGCCGCAAAGAAUGUUGCUGAUUUUAUAUAUCCGGAGUGUAUUAUAACAAUCUUCGAUUUAGCGGGAAUCGAUCGGGGGUUUUUCAUGAAAGGCGCGUUAAUGGAGUUGGAUCAGUGAUGGGCUGCGCGGCCUCGAAGAAGGCGGUGUCCGUGACGCCGGCUUUUGAUCACUCCGGCUUGCUCCGGAAAGACGACGGCGGCGAUGCCGGGCCUCGAGUUCGGAGCGGUUCGAAGGGAAUGCAAGUCGAUGCGAAGAGAAUGAAGAGGAGGUCUAGGGUUGGGAUGAGCGAGACACCGAGCCUUAGGCUUGGGAAUAUACAGAAUUAUGCCGAAGCGGAGCAAGUGGCGGCUGGGUGGCCGGCUUGGCUCAGUGCGGUUGCCGGGGAAGCUAUUCACGGUUUGGUGCCGCUCAGAGCUGACUCUUUUCAGACACUGGAAAAGAUUGGUCAAGGUACAUAUAGCACUGUAUUUCAAGCACGUGAUCUAGACAGUGGGAGGAUAGUUGCACUGAAGAAGGUGAGAUUUGAUCAUUUGGAGCCAGGAAGUGUGCAGUUUAUGGCACGAGAGAUAGCGAUACUCCGCAGGCUUGACCACCCAAACAUUAUAAAAUUAGAAGGGAUAGUUGCUUCACAAUUGUCGUGUAGCAUUUAUCUUGUGUUUGAGUACAUGGAACAUGAUGUUUCGGGACUCUUGUCUUGUCCUGAAGUCACAUUCAACGAAUCACAGGUUAAAUGCUACAUGAAGCAGUUAUUGUCUGGGCUUCAUUAUUGCCAUUCUCGGGGUAUAAUGCAUCGAGAUAUCAAAGGAGCAAAUCUUUUGGUAAAUAACGAAGGAAUCUUGAAGGUUGGUGAUUUUGGAUUGGCAAACUUCUGUAACCUUAGGCGGAGAAAACCAUUGACCAGUCGAGUUGUCACAUUGUGGUAUCGUCCCCCCGAGCUAUUAUUAGGUUCCACAGAUUAUGGAGCUUCUGUGGAUCUCUGGAGUGUUGGAUGUGUAUUUGGGGAACUUCUUACUGGUCGACCUAUUCUUCGGGGAAGAACUGAGGUAGAGCAACUGCACAAAAUUUUCAAGCUUUGCGGAUCACCACCAGAUGAAUACUGGAAGAGCUCUAAACUUCCUCGUGCAACGCUUUUUAAACCUCAGAAUCAUUACGAGAGCUGUAUUCGGGAAGCCUUCAGAAAUCUACCGAAAGAUGCAGCCUCCCUGAUAGAAACUCUUCUUAGAGUUGAACCACACAAGCGCGGGACUGCUGCUUCUGCACUUGCAUCUGAGUAUUUUAAGACGAAACCUUUUGCAUGCGAUCCUUCAAGCAUGCCCAAGUACCCACCAAACAAGGAGAUCAAUGCCAGGCAGCGUGAAGAAAUUACGAGGAAGAAGACUGGUGCUAGAGCCCAUCGGCCAAAGACGAUAAGAAAGCUAACUAGAAAACAGAAUGGACUAAGUAAACAUAAGCCAUCAAUUGAUAUGAUGGAAGAGGCUUCCCACAAAAGGAAUGUGUCUCAAAGUGAUGUCCCCUUUUCAGGUCCACUUGAGGUUUCUGGAUCAAGUGGCUUUGCAUGGGCUAAGAGACGGUUUGAUGAUUCAUCCCGAAGAUCAGGAAGUAUGUCUAGUUCGAAAAGCCUACUGUUUGAACCAUCGGGUGUAGAACUGAAAAAUAACUCGGGAUCAAAGAGGCAAGAAAAGUGUGAACACAGAAAUUGCGGUGAGACCAAUUCUAAAUGCCAUGAUUUCUAUGAAAAUGCCAUGCAUGCAGAUCCUUGUGAUGCUUCUGAUUGGUAUCACCCAAAAGAAUUGCCCAUAGCAGUUUAUCUUGAAGAAGAACUGGCUCGCAAGAAGAUGAACUUGGUUGGGGAUCAUGGAGACAGGGUUGAAUAUUCAGGACCUUUGUUGUCUCAGUCACACAGAGUUGAUGAGCUCUUGGAGAAACGUGAGCGCCAGAUAAGACAUGCUGUUCAGAAAUCAUGGUUAUAAAAAGGUAAAAUAGUUUACAUAUGAAUUUAACCCUGUUGUUUGAACCUUAUAAUAUUAUAUCUUCUGGUGAAAGAUUUGUACCUAAACCAGGUUCUCUUUUUAUUUUCUAUUUUUCUCCAUUCUUUCUAUAGAUAAACUGAUUUCAUCUAAAGACCUUAGCUUAGGAUCUAAUCCCUUCUUUACUACUACUGAGACUUAUAUCUG